AUGCAGUUCACACUCUUGACCCUCGUCACUCUCUUCGCUGCGGCCAUCGCGGCACCAGUCAGCCCCAGGGGAGACGAAGACCUCGUUGUCCGCCAAGCCGCAUCCGGGCAGCCGACCACCUCACAGGCCGCCAUGACUGCUGCGGACGGCAGCGUCGUCGCCUUCAACACCGCUGGUGUCUACCUCGACUCCGUGGCCAAGGGCCUGUAA